CGUUCACGUGAAGACCUACACAAGGAGUGCUUGGAAGUGCAGAAAGGGAAGAGCUUCUAUGACUUCCAGUUCAAUACCAGGCUUGUCAAGUCCACAAUUCUGCAUUUUCAGGAUGGAAUUAGUGGCUGCGCCUCCUGUAUAUAAAGAUUUAUAUCAAAUCUCUUUGGAAUUUCACAUGCACAAAACUAACAACCAACUUCAAGUUUGAGAAUUUUUCAACACUAAUUUAUGAAAACCUUGUUCUUCGACUGGAACCCAAAGAAAUUAUUCAACUUUUUUGGAAGCAAGUCUUGAGUCUGAUCUGGGUGAAUUUUUUUCCAUGCCCAGAUAGAAGAGAAAUGAGUUUUCUUUAUGAUAUAUUCUUCAUAAAGGGUUUCCAUACAGAAUUUUAUUCACUGCAUCCUCUCUCUGUUUUUUUACUUUACAAAUUUUCUCCAGGAUGCUUCUUUCUUUCCUUAAAACUGUUUUUGAAAUUUCUUUCUUUUUAAAAACAAAAAGUAAACUUUUCUAAAGAAUGAUCUCCAAUAGAUGCCACAUAUUCUUUUGCACAGACAAGACGGUUUCAUGCUAAUUUAUGGAUAUGGAGGCAUCAAGGCUAUGGUAUGACUUGGCAUUCUUAAAAUUUUGGUGAUGAUUUCCUGUGAAAAAGAUGUUUUUUUUGCCUCUAUGUAAUGAGCUUUCAUGCGACAUACUGAAUGACUGUGCACACACAGCACUAUGGAUCAUCCUAUAAAAGCUUUAGAGACUUCAUACCAUCUUCUUCCAGUGUCUGAAAUGGAUUUCUGAUUAAGAUUCAGCACCAUGAAUUGUAUUAUACAAGUACAGUUUCUAACUAGAAUCAGCAGAGUAUUACACUAAAAAAAAGUUGGCCCCUUUAUGUUAGUUCUUGUCAAACUAAGCCAACAAUCUGUCUGGGUCCUGAAGUCAAAUAUUCUAGUUAAGUGAAGAUAUGUUCAAUAGGCUUGGAGACGAAAGCCUACAUGGCUGGCAGAUUGUCUUUUAAGGCGGAAGGAUUAACUUACAUGGCACGAAACUGGUGACCAUGCAAUUAGUUGUCCUUUGAUAAUGAUAAAUUAUGUACUUACAUGGUUUCAGAGUAGUCAUUACAACUGCAACAACAGUUAAUAAUUCUUAAGCCAAGGUUUCAAUAUUACAAAUUUUUACACCUUGAAUAAUUUUGGAAGCAUUGUAUGUUUCCCAUGAUUAUGUCUGCUACGUUAUUGUUAUAUCAUUACCUUCUACAGUAUAUGUGUUCAUUUGCCUUUGUAAUUAUGCACCUAUUCAUCUAGUAGCUGUUGCACUGUACGUUUCUGCUAUAUAAUUUAUUGCUUGACUUGUUUCUGCAUUUAGGCCUUCUAUUUCUCUCUUUAUGUCAGCUUUUAAAGCAGGUGGAGUGUGAGCAGCUUGGCAGGACAUUAUCUUAUGGUAUGGUAGGAAAAAUAUCUGACCACAUUUGAGAGGGCUCUAACAUUAUCAGUUAUUUGUUAGUGUUGAUUUUGACAUUAUCAGGAGAGGCCUUGCCUCAUAUUGUUUGGCUAUAUAUUUUUAGGAUCUUCUUGUCUAUAGAAUAGUUAUCAUUUAAAUAUUUUUUACUUCAUAUUUAGUUACCUGUUAGAUUUCUUGUCUGUCACCUGAUUUCUGCAGUAGAUUUUGUUUCAUUUAGUAUAUGAAGAUCACAUUUUUUUUUGGAAGAUAAAUCAUAUCGUUAUCAUAAAAUUGAGUACAAAGGUCAUUACAACAUCCUUCUCAUGAAGGCCCCUUAAUUGUGAGCCAUAUCCUCAAAGCAAAACCAAGGAGGAUCAACCCUAUUACAACCAAUCUUAGUUAGAUAGUCUGCAAUUGUAUUAGCUUCCCAAUACGCGUGUCUAACACCCCAGCAAUUCACCUCCCCCAACAGAAAAUUGAUUUGAUUCCACUCGUUGAGGAGCUUCCACGGCCUGUUUUGUUUUGAAUUCACCCUAAUAUGAAGAUCAAUUAUACUUCAUGGAACUAGUUUUUUUUAAUCACUAGUAUUUUGAAGAAUUUUUAAUUUUACAUUUUUAUCAUCACAGGGCACAAGGUUUAAGUUGAUGGAAAUAAGUAUAGUCACGUUUUCUUUAGAAGUUCUGUAUUUUUGUGCUGGGCUUCUUGUUUGAGAUCAUAAACUCACUCUGCAUAAUAGUGAUUCUUGACUUCAAUAAUGUUUCAUGAUUGAUUAUAUAAUGACCAUUUUUGUGUUUACAACUUGAUAUUAACCAUUUCCGUUUCUGUACUGUCAUUGUCUUCCGCUUUCUCUCUACAGAAGUCAGGCUCGUCAGCUGUAGUUUGGCCACUGACUUGCUUCAUAAUUUUUAGCAUUUCUAUUUUUUAAAUUCUACCUUUCUUGCAUAGUAAAAAGAGAAAAGUGGGAAAAUGGCUUUUCUAUCGUCUAUUUUUCUGUGCUUUUGGACCAAUAUCAACCCCAACAAAUCAAACACUAACCAUCCGGUGAAGAAAAAUAGAAUUGAAGUAACGUAUUUGUGUGGAGUUCAGUAGUAGUGUAACUUAUAGAGGGUUAUAUCCACUGUUGAAGUUUUAGGAUUAUUAUGGAAAAGCGUAAUGAGAAUUUGUUGUAAAUAUUACUGACCUCAUAUCUAUAUUUACACUAACAAUCUAGGUCAAGUACGAAAAUAGUACAUGUGUACUUGAUUGAAUGAUAUUGUCUUAGUGCUAAUACUAUAACUUACCAGAUAUUUGACAUAGAAUACCCUACUAAUCUAACAUUGUAUUGAUAUUUAUUGAUACUAACGUUUCUCAUUAACGGAUCAUGUUUGAUAAUGGAUUGUGAUGCUUGAUUUAACUAGAAUGGUAUCAAUACCUUAUUUACCAAAAUCAUAUAAUUAUAAUAUCUUUCUUUCUUUUCCUGGUUGUGUAUUAUUACUAUUAUCUUCAUUAUGUUUCUUUCCUGUGCAGCUGAGGAAUUUGUUGUGGGCAACAUCAAAGCAUGAUGUGUACCUUAUGCAGAACUAUUCAGUGAUGCAUUGGUCCUCACUACUCCGAAAGGGUAAAGAAGUGCUUAACGUAGCCAAACCAAUUAUUCCGAACCUUAAGCGUACUGGCUUUUUAGCUCAACCUGUCUCCAGAGUGCAAGUAAGCACCAUGGCUGUUAAGGAAAAUCUGAUGGUGGCAGGUGGUUUCCAUGGGGAGGUUAUUUGUAAGAAUUUGAAUCAGUCUGGAGUUGCAUUCUGCAGUAAAAUAACUACAGAUGACAAUGCCAUCACCAAUGCUGUGGAUGUUUUCCGCAAUCCUGGUGGAUCAUUGAGGGUCAUCGCAGCAAAUAAUGACUCCCAAGUUCGGGUUUUUGAUGCAGAGAAUUUUGCUUCUCUUGGUUGUUUCAAGUAUGUUUGGUCUGUCAACAAUAUUUCUGCUAGUCCGGACGGCAAGUCGUUAGCUGUUCUUGGGGACAGUACCGAGUGUUUGAUAGCUGAUGUUAAUACCGGGAAGGUUACUGGGAGCCUAAAAGGACACUUGGACUAUUCUUUUGCAUCUGCUUGGCACCCAAAUGGACAAAUAUUGGCCACUGGGAAUCAGGACACAACAUGCAGGUUGUGGGACAUUAGAAAUCUUUCACAGUCCAUGGCGGUGCUCAAGGGAAGAAUGGGUGCAAUAAGGGCCUUAAGGUUCACAUCUGAUGGAAGGUUUUUGGCCAUGGCUGAACCAGCUGACUUCAUCCAUGUUUUUGACUCACAUUCUGGAUAUGAGCAAUGUCAAGAGAUAGAUAUAUUUGGUGAGAUUGCUGGAGUAUCGUUUAGCCCGGACACAGAGGCUCUGUUUGUUGGUGUUGCUGACCGAACCUACGGUAGCUUGUUAGAGUUCACCAGAAAUCGUAAUCAUCAUUAUGUAGAUACCAUGUUUUAAUGGAGUGGAGUGCCUUCAAGAUGUACAGCGAUCUGCUCCAUGUUCAUAUUUACCAGAGAGGAUCUAGUAUAGGUUUAAUAAUUAAUAUAUGAUUUUGCCAGGUCUCCUAGGUUAUUUUGCUGUUGAAUUUAGUGGAGAACGAGAGUUGUAAAUUUUGGCUCUAGGAGCUGUUCCCUGAAGUUUUUUUCCUUUAUAGUGUAUGUUUUUUAAUCUUUCUACAAUUGAUUUAAGUAAAAAUCAAUUUUAGAGAGAAUUUGUGUGAGUAGUUUCUUGUAUAAGAAUUGAUUAUAAGAAAAGAGAAGUUAAUCCAAA